AUGGAUUGGAAGGGUCUUCAGGGUUUUCUCAGCGGAGUAAACAAGUACUCCACCGCCUUCGGACGGAUCUGGUUAUCGGUGGUCUUUGUUUUUCGGGUGCUGGUCUUCGUCGUGGCCGCUGAGCGUGUCUGGAGCGAUGAGCAGGGACACUUUGACUGCAACACUCGCCAGCCCGGUUGCGUCAACAUCUGCUAUAAUCACUUCUUCCCCAUCUCCCACAUUCGCCUUUGGGCCCUCCAACUCAUUUUCAUCACUUGCCCUUCCUUCAUGGUGGUGCUGCACGUGGCCUACCGGGAAGAGCGGGAACGCAAGUACCGAGCCAAGCACGGCGAGAACACUCGACUUUACGACAACCCGGGCCAAAAGCAUGGCGGCCUUUGGUGGACCUACCUGAUGAGCCUCUUCAUCAAAACUGGCUUUGAGAUCACAUUUCUCUACUUGCUCCACUACGUCUACGAUAGCUUUAAGCUGCCCAGGAAGGUCCAAUGUGACGUCAGCCCCUGUCCAAAUAUGGUUGACUGCUACGUAUCUCGACCCACUGAGAAAACUGUUUUUUCCUACUUUAUGGUGGGGGCCUCCGUCCUGUGUGUGGUCCUCAACAUUUGUGAGAUAUUUUAUCUGAUUGCUGCUAGAGUGGUGGCUCUAAAGCAUCGAGGCAGCGCCCAAACUGCAUCUAGAAAGUUCCACCCAGACGUGGGCUCUGAUGAUUGCAAGUCUUCUCACAACGAAUAG